AUGGGACAUCUCAACAUUUCAACUGAGCCUGCCCCGGGCGUGACCAUUGACCAGAAGGACAACAAGAUUACCAUCACAAUCACAGCCGCGCCGCUGUCCGAUGACGGAGUCAUUGGCAGGGACACGCAUGCUCUGUGGCAUGCAGCCUACGUGCGCUUGCGGGAGGAGCACACAAAAGAACUGGUCGAUUUUGAGGAGCAGGCUGCCAUUGUCUUUCGGCCCUUGCAGAGAAGAAACAGCUCGAAUGUUCUUGCCCGCUCCUCCAUGCCUGGCUGGCACACUAUGGAGCCGAAAGCAGUGCUGGGUGCCAUCCGCCACUGGAUCUUCGAGGGUGAAUUUGACGGAAACAAGGGAACUGAGGGAGACGAGGAGAAAAAAGAGGACCAGGUGUGCCGUGCUCUGUCGUCGAGCAAGACAAUAUUGAACAGAAACGUGCAGGAGAACCCGGGCGCCCACCUCGCGUGGGUUGCAGCCGGUCUAUGUAUCCAGACACUGGUCGAGAAACCACUGCCCGCAUCUGAGGCGCCGGGCCUCGCAUAUAUUAUCGCACGCGUUGCUUUCUAUGACCGGCUGGCGCAACUAGCGUCCAAGGUCCCAGGGAAAGACGAAGCAGGCGACAAGCCCCUCUGUGAGGGGCUUGUCGAUCUGUACACGGCUGUACUGAAGCAGCUAAUUGUCGUCCUUGCGCUGGGCUAUGUGCCGCGCGAAACGCGUGCACAGCAGCAGAAAUUUGACAGCCCGUACGCAGGUGUAGGUAGCGCAGCUGUGCAUCCCAUCAUCGCGCUUGAGUCGUCCUUGUGGCAGCAUGUGGGGGAUAAGGCACUGGAAGAGAGCAUCACCAAGCUUGUGCGCCUACAGGCGCCGUCCACAGCUCUGUCUGACAAGGAUGGCAGGGAGGCCUACGAGACAUCCAACGACACAACGAAAGGCGACAACCAUGUCGAUGAUGACGAUGGCAAUGGUAGCGAUGACGAGGCUGAUGAUGACGAUUACAGCGAUGCCGAUCAAUCUGACAACAACGAAAACAAUGACAGCAACGUCGACGCGAAAACCUACGCCACCCUCUACGACAAUAGGGAUGACGCUUCUGUAUGCAGAGAGAUACAGAAACUGCUAUGUGUGGCCCCCAUACAGCCACCGUGCCUACCGCGGCCGCCGCUGCCGCCGCUCCAUGAUUCGCCGGACGUGCUCGAUGGCCUGUAUCGAUGGGCGUUGAAACAGGACGAGUACAGGCGGUGGUGCAAGGUACACAGCCCGACGAUGUCGAUUCAUAUGCCCGCAUUCUCUGAGUCCACACGCAGGCGGAAGCUGAGAACCAGCCUGCCGAUGGAUGCUGGGCGAUCAAAACGUGUCGUGGCACACGCGUUUUGGAGCUGGUCCCGGGACGUGAACGGCAUGUCCAUAGUGUCUGUCCUGCGAGACUUAGUAUGGACUGUGCUCGCAGCUCAGCCCAAGUUGAAGAAGCACCUAGUGGAGGUGGUGCAGGUCAUGGGCUGGCCCUCACUACUGGAUGGUGACGGCGAAAACUCAAAAGCGCGGUACGCCGCGUUGGGCACGUCAUGCGACUUUUAUACCAUGCUGGUGCUGCUCUGCCGCAUUGUGCGCGAUGAAGAGUUUGCACCGACGUGUUCCAUCGUUGACUACAUGAACGUGUCGUUAGGUGAUGAAGAUGUCGACUAUGAGGGUGGCCGGGACGGGUCCCACAAAAACGGCCUGAGCGGCUCGGCCCGCACCGCGCAAAAGCGCGCGUGGACGGUCCGCGACCUAGUGGCGCUCGUGCGCACAACGUGUCGCCAGUCACGCAAGGUGGCCUGGAUCAUGUCGUCCUCGUCCUUAUUUUCAUCGCUGUCGAAAGGUGAAUACCACCUUGACCUCUCACCUGAGGACCUGACACUUGGCAAGGUCAUAUACGGCCAUGUCCGAGCCACAUUACAAGACAGGCUCGAUAAAAAGCGUUACACAUCGGAUAUACUGAAUAAUCUCGCGACCGAGCUCAUCCGUAAGGCUAGCAGCCAUGUCACCUGGUCCACAAUCGCUGUUGAUCUUCUCGCUAGAGUUCGCCUGCCAUGGAACGCGAUGCACGUCCUACAGCGACUGCCCGACAGUAGCGCGGGCCUAGGUCCUCUUCUGGACAGCAUCGUGCGAGUUAAUGCUAGCGACAGUGAUCGUGACAAUAGCAGCGCCGAAACACUCGUCGAAACCGUCUUAAAAGUGGCGGCGCUCACGUUCCGCCCCCCGACGGUCCUCGAGCUGGCAGCACUUGCCGAGCCGCCGGCCACGGUGGACGCUGUGAUUUUUAUCGAUGUCCUCACACGUCCACUGCUAGAGCUCCAGGCUUUAGACAACACGAAUGGAAGAACAGAAGGACAGAAAUACGUUUACUUUUCGAGUCGGGCAGUGUUGGCGGCCCAGCGCGCACGUUUGGCCAAGGACACUACGGCACGCGACCUGCACGCCGACAUGGUUUGCCGCCACCUGCACUGUCUUGCACGUCACUACGGUGAUGCCGAGAAUAAGGAGCUCUCAUUGUAUAUGGAAUUCGCGUGGUUGCGCCACCUGGACCUUGUGGACAUUGGCCCGACAGAAAACCCACCGCUGGCGGACCCGCUGACGAACCAAGUAUGUGGCUUCGUCGCGCGGAACGCGGGCGCAUGGCUCUGCAACCUGGAUCAGCUCGGAUUCAUCGAUGUUGUCAGGCGGCGGCUGUCGCCGAUCCAGGCUGAGUUGAAGACCUUAUUCAUGCGCAUUGUGCGUUCACAGGUAUUGGGCAUGUCCCUGACCGAUACCGAGCACUUCCUGCGCAAAAUGAGCUACAAAUUCAGUAAAGACAAAGACGACAAUUUGCCCAUCGUACCGCAGCUGGUGUUGCUCGGCCUACCGUCCCUGGACAGUGGGGAUAUGGCUGAGGCGGCAGCGCUCAUUGCCACGCUCGAGGGCCACAAAGACUGGGUGCGCAACGCGUGCUGGGCCUAUGAAGGUCGACUGAUUGUUUCGAUAUCGGACGACAAGACACUUCGGUGCUGGGGCCGAGCAUCAUGCUGCAUGCAGCACGUCACAGACGAUAUACUACACACGGGAUACGCGAACCAUCUAGCCCUCUCGCGAACCGACCCCAGCAUGGUUGUUUCCAUGGACAACCAGGAUCUUGUGCUCUUUGAUCUCGCCAUUGGCGCCAUCCCCAUCGCGAAAAGGUCCCAUUACCAUAUUUGA